UCGAACCAACCGCCAGAGCAGAGAAGCCAAGUCGACCAUAUUUCGGCGGAGGAGUCCCUAUGAUCGAAGCUGCCAGGACGCCCGACCGUACGUCGGCGCCAUGGACGCCGGGAUAGCAACCGCGACGGAUUUGUGGAGAGCUUUUCUUAGGGUGGAUUUGCGCUCCAAUUUGGUUUCCCCUCUUCUUGGAUUCCAAUAUGGUUGGGCGCACUUCGGCGCACACGAGUCGCUCGACGAAAUGCGGCGGCACUCGCACUUGGUCGAGGACGCCGGCCCGCUCCGCCUGGCUUCGCGAUUCUGGAACAACCAGCGUAACCGCCAGUUCCAUACCCCUAUAAAGCCACCGGCGGCUUCGUCGGCCCUGCCGCCUCCUCUCACCUCCACCCUCCAGCCUCCCACCUCCAACCUCCGUGCCCCCUCCAUCCUCCUCCCACCUCCAGCCUCCACCCGCCUCCGCGCCUGCCGCCAUGGAAGCGGCACGCGUAUUCCUCCCCCUUCCACGCCGCCCACCGGUACUCUUGCCUCUUCCUCCCCGCGCCCCGCUCCUUCUUGCGGCCAGGCUCCCGCCGCGUGCCAUGACGGACCAGGAGCACGAGGAGGUGGUCAGGUGGCUGGCGAGGAUCUACGGCUGGCUCAAGAAGGGGAAGAAGCUGGCAAAGGGCAUGAGUCGCUUCACGGCCAGCUCUCCGUCGAGAAUCAGUCGCACCCCGUCCUUCCCCGACCUGCGGGACUUGAUCGAGCGGCUGGCUCGGAGGGCCGACGCCGUCACGCUAGCAGCACUACUCGGGGCGGCGCUGCUGCUCUACAUUAUCAGGAGGUCGGGCGCCGACGCCGACGAGGAGGAGGAGGAGGAGGGGAUCGUCCUCACCGCGCGCCUUCCGCCAUCGGCCCGGCGGCGCCUGGUCCUCAUGACCCUGCCCUUGGUGCCCCGCGGACCCGGAGCACGGCGACCUCCGUGGGCGUGGAGCCUGCGCUUCGUCGGGCACGCUGCCGCAGCAGUACACCCACAGCGUCUCAUCUUCCCAGCGAGACAUGGCCGCACCGAGCAGAUCCGCUUCUUGGCAGGGAGCCAUGGCGUCCCCCAGCAUCGCCCCAUCUUCGCAGGGAGCCUUGGCCGCACCGCACCCAGCAGCGCCGCUUCUUGGCAGGGAGCCUUGGCCGCACCGCACCCAGCAGCGCCUAUGCUCACCUCCUCCUUCCCCCCACCAGCAACGCGGUAGCCUAGAGAAGCUGCGACGCGAGGAUACGCAUGAUGCAGGCGAUAGGAAGUUCAUAAUCUCACAAGUUUCGCCGCCUCCGACGCAACGGCAAUGAAAAUGAACACCUACUUUUGCCUAUAGAUAGGUUGACAUAUAUGGAUACAUAGAUGCAGGUUCAGAAUACAGGACAAGCAGUUCCCUCGCCCGUUUUUGGCUUUGCUGCUCGUCCAAGUAGACUUGUUUCAAUUCUUGUUGAGAAUUUAGAUAGAUGCAGGUUUCUGCUAUAAACUUGAUCAAUUUUGCUGUUCUGACCUUGCGGGUCAAGUAGGAUUCAGAACUAUGGUAGAUGCGCCUCGGAUUCUUUGGUUUGUAUUUCCGCAUUAUGAUUAAUCCCUGAAGAUUGAUCUAGUAGA